CAUUAUCGGACAUCUCUAGUAAUUUGGAUUUAUGCGCCUUUGCCGACCAUCGUCGGACAAAGUGGCUUCAAUGCGGUAGUAAAUAGCACACGUGAUGUUUACAUGCUGUUUGACCUACUUCAGUCGCCGUAGUCACCACUAUAAUCCUCCCCUGGUUCAAAGUAACACAAUCAAUGGCCACACGGGACGACCCGACUUUAAAUGAAAACAAACUUUGCUUGUGCUGACUUUGUUUUAAUCUGAGGCUCGUCAAGUAGCGUGGGACGAUGUUGCGUUCACGGUCCCGUCUGCUCUACUUGCUGCUCAUUGUGGACGCUCACGUGACGACAGCCGAGGAGAGACCGAGGCGGCGGCUGAAGUUGACCGAGGACGAGGCGAGCCAACCGGGCUUAGCCUGGCACGACGGCACGGUGAAGCUCAGACGCGCCGGGCCGAUAGACGCACCCGAGCCGGGGGACCAGGCUGCGGAGUUCAGGGUCCCGACUCUGAGUGGGGAGUUUGUGUACCAGCCCGGAGCAGUGUCGGGUGGCUCUGUGGUCAUUCACGCCUUCACCAACAAGUCAGCCUUCCUGGAGUGUCUGUGGAGCUCCGAGGCGUCCUUGUCCAGUCUGGUUGAGGACCUGCCGGCACGUACUCAGGUGCUCUUCCUCUCCUUGGACGACUCCUCAGUGACGGAUGCUCUGUGGAUGCGGGAGCGACUGCACAACGCCGCCAUGAAGCACAGUCAAAAGGAGGUUCUGUCCAGGCUCCACUUCUCUCCAGUACCGGUCUUUGCUCUGGGGAACUGGAUCCCCAGUGUUCUGUACUACUGGGCCUGCACGGGUCACAACUGCGGCCUGGCCCAGGCGGUCUUCACCUCCCAGGGAUGGAGCAUGCCAGUGAUCGUCAAGCGACUGGACGCCAGAUACGAUUGGCUGACGGCGCGCUGGGGCCAGGGGUCGUAUCAGCUGAGGGAUGCGGGCGACGGAUGUGAUCCCUCGCCCUCGGUGGCGGGUUCUGUGGCCUGGCUGUCUGAGGGCAACUGCUCCUUCUUCACCAAGAUGCGAAACAUGGCUAAGUCCGACGCCUCGGGUGUCCUGGUCUACGUCCAGCCCGGUAGCCCCAUCCGGGAUAUGAACUGCGCCGGGGAUGAGUGUUUGUCUCCGCUGGGCCUCCCUGCCGCCAUGGUGCACCUGGAGCCUUCCGUUGCCCACGCGCUGCGGUUUGGCCGGGUCAACGUGUCUUUCCAGACCACGCCCUCCCCGAACUUCUUCAUGGGCAUCGACCAGCAGGGAGCGAUGGCCGAGAUGGGCUGGUUCCUCUACCCCACGUUCAGCUUUGUCAACUGGCAGGCACAGUGGUUUGACUUCUACUCCGAUCUGCUGAUGAAACUUGAGUCUCCUGCCACUGUUAUUCCGGUCUUUGACAAAGUCCAAAUGCAAGGGGACAAAGGAGCCGUGGCUGUGGUCAACCUCCCGUCAGACUUGUCGGACUUUGACAGGCUGGUGCUGGACACGUCCUUGUCGUGUCCCGGCAGGAGAGACUUGUCCUGCGCUCAGUGGGACCACACGGUGCAGCUCUUCGUGUGCUGCGACCACCUGGGACCUUUCUGCAACGUGGAGCUGGGCCGCUGGAUCACUGCUUUCAGAAGAGGUAUCGGCCACUGGCAGACGGACGUCUCCCCCCUCAUUCCCGUCCUGGACGCCAACAAGUGCACCUUCACCAUGACGACGGUCCCGUGGGCGAUGCCGUGGAUCGUCUCCCUCAACCUGAGAUUCAGCGCCGCCAACCUCACAAGCAAUCACACGGAGAAGCUCCGCCCCUUCACGGUGAUGUCACUGUAUAGCGGCGGAACUUUCAACAGUACCUACAACAAGAUGUACCUGCCCAUCAAGUUCCCCGUGCCGGUCUUCACCAAGAAGGUGGAGCUGUACGCCGUCAUCACAGGACAUGGCAGCGACGAGAAUGGCUGCGGGGAGUUUUGUGUCACCUCCCAUCAUUUCCUGUUUAACGGCGUCCAUAACAACAGUCGCACAUUCGACUCUGCAGGAUCGGCGCUGGGCUGCGCUGAGCGAGUGAAAGAUGGCGCUGUGCCCAACGAGCACGGCACCUGGCUCUACGGGAGAGGCGGCUGGUGCGAUGGACUUCAGGUCGAUCCCUGGAGGGUCGACGUCACCCAGCAGUUGGAGCUGAGUGGCUUUGAAUCCAACACUGUGGUCUACUUUGGCUUGUUUGGCGGGAAGGAUCCAGACCCGUCUUAGCAGCCGGGUUACAUCAUCAUGUCCUCUUUUCUAGUCUUUUACAAAUGAUACUUGAUUAAAC